AUUGACUCGAGCGCAUUGAGCAUCGUUGAGCAUUCACCUGUAUUCGUUGAAUAAUCUAUGGAAAGACCAGAGCCAAGGAUUUGUAAUAACGUUUUAUAAACAUUUUACACUCGGCUAAAAUAUAAUUUAAUUCUAUCUCGCUUGUGAUUACGCGUCAAGACUUGGUUUACGCUAGAUGAAGUGUCUUUGAAUGCAAAAUCAGGUUACGGGAUAAGAAGACAAAACGACGCCUUCGGCCCAAAAAUGGCAUUAAUUAGGAGAGCUUCACACGCUGGUAGUUGGUACUCGGACAAUGGUUUGGAAUUGAGUAAACAGCUGGAAGGUUGGUUGAGUGCGGCUGACUUAUCUCAUGGACCUGCGAGAGCAAUCAUUGCCCCACAUGCGGGAUAUAGUUAUUGCGGGGCAUGUGCUGGUUUUGCUUACCGACAAAUUAGUCCUAUAGUUGUCCGUAGGAUAUUUAUUCUAGGGCCUUCUCAUCAUGUGAGAUUACCAGGUUGUGCCCUAUCUUCGGCUUCCAUUUAUCGAACACCAUUAUACGAUCUACAUAUUGAUCAACAAGUGAGAAGAGAACUCGAGGAAACUGGUCAUUUUGAAUGCAUGGAUCUGAACACAGACGAAGAAGAACAUAGCAUUGAGAUGCAGUUGCCAUUUAUUGCUAAAGUUAUGGAAGGCUUUAAAGAAUCUUUUACCAUAAUCCCAAUUUUGGUGGGAUCUUUGAGUCCGGAAAGAGAAGCACUUUAUGGGAGACUGUUAGCACCUUAUAUGGCUGAUCCGCAAACAUUAUUUGUCAUCUCUUCGGAUUUCUGCCACUGGGGACAACGUUUUCGCUAUACUUAUUAUGAUAGAUCAUGUGGGCCUAUACACAGAUCAAUCCAAAAUCUUGAUAAAAUGGGUAUGGAUAUUAUAGAAACUUUGAAUCCUCCAAUGUUUACGGAAUAUCUUAAAAAAUAUGGUAAUACUAUAUGUGGACGACAUCCGAUUGGCGUUUUAUUGCAGGCAAUUCACGGUCUUAAAGGAAAUACAAAUGGUCAGAGAAUGAAUCUAAAAUUCUUGAAAUAUGCUCAAAGUAGUCAAUGUAAUAAUAUGAAUGAUAGUUCUGUUAGUUAUGCUAGUGCUUCCCUAGUUCUUGAGUGAUAAAAUCAUAUAAUUUGAAUGGUCACUUUGAAUAUAAACAUUUUCUUAAAAUGGAAUGAUGUUUGACAGUAACAUGACAGUAAUGUUCUAUAAAUUAUUAAAUGAGAUUAGGCAAAAUGUUGAGAUUUUGUAACGCAGAAGAGAAAGAUACGGGGACAUUGAAUUUAACUGUUAUAACUUUUAAUUAUUUGUAUUAUGUGGAUAUUAUGCUAUGGGUGUUGGGGCAAAUGUUAAUUCUUGCGCUAUGUGUAACGGAUAGAAAUGUAUUAUUAUCAAAACUCUACAUAAAUGCCUUUCGGUUUAUUACUUACAAGAGAUAUUCAGUACUUCCAGAUUUCAAUAUGGGAAGGAGCUUAAAUAUUUCUUUGCUUUGAUUCUUGAUAUGGCUAUUUUAGAAUUAAUAGCAAAAUAUGUGCACAUUUGAGAAAACAGAUUUCAAACUAUUGGCAAA